GGAAGAAGGAGGGAGGGAGGGAGAGAGAGAAGAAGGGAGGAGGCGCCGGCGCCGCGGCGGCCUGAGCCGCGGGGGGGGCAGGCGGGGGAAAGGGGCACCAACAUGGCGUCUCCCUAUUAACUUUCCCCCCCUUCGGCAGUCCCUGCCAUUGCCCGCCGCCCCCCUCGCCUUGGUCGCCGUCAUGCCAGGCAUGAUGGAGAAAGGGGCCGAGCUCCUGGGGGCCGCCAAGAGCAGGGCGGCCCCCAACGGCACCAAGAACGGUGGUGGCGGCGGCAGCCCUGGUUCCAACGGGCACUUUUCCGAGCCAGAGAGCAGCGGCGGCGGCGGCGGCAGUAGCGGUGGUGUUGGUAUUGGCGGAGGUGGCGGCGGCGGCGGCGACAGCGGAGACGAGCACGAUGUAGGAAUGAGGGUCGGAGCAGACUAUCAAGCUCGCAUCCCUGACUUUGAUCCUGGUGCUACAAAAUACACAGAUAAAGACAAUGGAGGGAUGCUUGUAUGGUCUCCAUAUCAUAGUAUUUCAGAUGCCAAAUUGGAUGAAUACAUUGCAAUAGCAAAGGAAAAACAUGGGUACAAUGUGGAACAGGCACUUGGCAUGUUGUUCUGGCAUAAGCACAACAUUGAGAAGUCUCUUGCGGAUCUCCCAAAUUUUACUCCUUUUCCAGAUGAGUGGACAGUUGAAGAUAAAGUACUCUUUGAACAAGCUUUUAGUUUCCAUGGAAAAAGCUUUCAUAGAAUCCAACAAAUGCUUCCAGAUAAAACUAUUGCAAGCCUUGUGAAAUACUACUACUCCUGGAAGAAAACUCGUUCUAGGACAAGUUUAAUGGAUCGGCAGGCCAGAAAGUUAGCUAACAGAAAUAAUCAGGGAGACAGUGAUGAUGAUGCAGAAGAAACUCACCCAAUGGAUGGAAAUGAUAGUGAUUAUGAUCCCAAAAAGGAAACUAAAAAGGAGGGCAGUAAUGAGCAGCCCGUUCAAUCUAGCAAAAUUGGAUUGGGCAGAAGAGAGUAUCAGAGCCUGCAACAUCGUCAUCACUCCCAGCGUUCUAAAUGCCGUCCUCCCAAAGGCAUGUACCUAACUCAAGAGGAUGUAGUAGCAGUUUCUUGUAGCCCCAAUGCAGCAAACACACUUCUUAGGCAGCUGGAUAUGGAGUUGAUCUCACUGAAGCGACAGGUUCAGAAUGCUAAACAAGUAAAUAGUGCACUUAAGCAGAAAAUUGAAGGUGGGAUAGAAGAAUUCAAACCUCCUGAGUCAAAUCAAAAAAUCAAUGCCCGUUGGACAACAGAAGAACAACUCCUUGCAGUUCAAGGUGUCCGCAAGUAUGGUAAAGAUUUUCAAGCUAUUGCUGAUGUAAUUGGCAACAAGACUGUUGGUCAAGUGAAGAACUUCUUUGUAAACUACAGGCGUCGGUUUAACUUAGAGGAGGUAUUGCAGGAAUGGGAAGCAGAACAAGGAACCCUGGCUUCUAAUGGUGAUGCUUCCGCUUUAGGGGAGGACACAAAAAUUACUAAUGUGCCAUCAGGAAAGAACACUGAUGAAGAAGAUGAGGCUCAGAUCCCACAGACCCCUCAGUGUGUAGGGUCUUCUCCACCUGCCCAGCCGUCUACUCCAACACCAGCAGCCCCCGUAACAACACUGAACCAGCCUCCUCCAUUACUUCGUCCAACCCUUCCGGCCGCUCCAGCUCUCCAUCGUCAGCCUCCACCACUCCAGCAACAGGCUCGAUUUAUUCAGCCAAGGCCAACCCUAAACCAACCCCCUCCACCACUCAUCCGCCCAGCUAAUUCCAUGCCUCCUCGUCUAAAUCCGAGACCAGCGUUAUCUUCCACUGGCGGCCCACAGCCACCGUCGCUUAUUGGAAUCCAGACAGAAUCACAGUCCCCUCUGCACUAAAGAAGUAGGGCAGAACUAUGGUAAAUAACCAAACUGUAUCAGUGUCUAUUUUUCCUGAGAUAAUGAAGGUGGGAGGGAGAUGAAGCCUUCCAUAGUAUUUAAGUGGUCUUGUACAAAAAAGCAAGGCUGCAGCAGCAGAAAUACAUGAAUGGCCACCUGUAUGAAAGAAUCUUCAGUGCAGUCGAUUGUUACAGCAAAACCAUGUCUACAAAGUCAGCCUUUUUUUUACACAGCUAACUUCUUUUAAAAAAGUACAAUGCACUAAGACUUAACCGAUUUUUACUCUAUUUAUUUUAUAAAAUUCUUUAUAUUCAGCUACAUGGAAACAAACCAUCUGGAGAGUGUAAGAGUUUCAGCUUAAGUUCUGAAGUGGGUUGUAAACCUGAUAUAUUGGAGAAAUUAUUUUUACAUUUUCCUAUGUUAGGAGCGCAAGCGUUAACUAACAAGCCUGCCAUUCAGAUUUUGACAGAUAUUGUAACCAUAUGUUUCUUAGGCUUGUCUUUUCUAAAUUUCUUUAUCAAUUGCUUUUCUUCAAUAUACCUAUUGGAAAAGUUGUCUUGAACAUUUGCAAAGCCAAGGUACAAAAUAGGUAAAACCUAUAUAUGUGGUCUUCUGAUACUGGAAGCAUGACUUUGUAGCGCAAAAUCUGUAUUAAGCGUUAGAUGAGCCAGCGUUUUUGCUUUAUCUUUUACACAGCCUCUGUUGCCAUGUGGCUGCUAAAGUUUUUGUCAUUUUCUUUUUAAAUAAUCUUUGUAGUACUGCUUUUUACCUGGAAUUUUAUCCUGUCUAGUAUCUGACAGUAAAGCAGCAAGGAGUGCCCUGAUGAAAUCCAUAGAAAGGGGUGUUGUAAAAUAAUGAGAUAUUAAGAAAGUUGUUACCUGCCAUUGCCAUCUUUAUUUUUUUGGUGUUCCUUGCCAAUGCAUCCCUAUCCCUACUUUUACUUAGUAUUAAAACAGAUACGAAAUCAUGCUUUACCUAAUUAGGAAACAAGUGGUACAGCUGUGUGUUGGCUUGCUUCACUUAGUUUUGGGCAAGGAAUGCUGAGUUCAAAAGUUUUCUGUCUUCAUGAAGAGAUGCAUAUUUCUCCUCUACUGUGCAGCUGACUUCCCCACUUCUUACUGAAGCAAUGAUGUUUAACAUUCAAGGUUCAAGAUGAUUUUGUGUACAGAGAUAUGUAUCAACCUUGCAUUUUACAGCUCACAUGUCAACAUUUUCAGAUUUAUCCAUUAAUUCAUUUUCUUAAAUUCUUUUUAAAAGAAUCUUAUUUAAGUAGAAUUUUCUUUUGUUGUAGUAUAUUAGAUGCAAAUGUCCUGUCCUAUACUCUCAGUCAUAGUAUUUUGUUUUAAAUACUGACAUUUGAAAGGAAGAAACAGCACUGUCAAUUGCCAGAAUUCUUAGUACUUUGAUUCUGAGGUCAACAUAAACCCUCUGAAUUUUUCCAAAUGCUUUGUGCAUUUUGGCAUAACUCUUUAAAUACCAAACCGCAUACAAUGGAUUUUCAGUAUUUUAAGUAUGUAGAUCCGAUCUCCCAGUGACUGUAUUGUCCUUUUUUGCUAACUUUUUGUCUUGUCUCUUGUUGCUAGAACUUCAGUAUACAGAAGGUCGGGUGCUGCCAUGCAGAUGGCAAUUUUAGACUAUCAAAGCUGUAACUGGGCACUUGUGUGUUUGGGUGAGAUAGGUAUGUAGUGUAAUACUGCUUUACAUACGCUAUACCACACAAUAAUGAAAUGUUUAGCAUUUGUAGUACUGAAUAUGUAUAUAGCAAGAUGUUGUCCUUUUUAAAAUUGUGUGCUUUCCAAAUUAUGUGCAUACAGCUUGCACGUUCUGUUUUGGGUAGGGGGUUGCGUUAAGCAGUGUUUUUUUUCCGGCCUGGAAGAGUGAUAUGCUUGCUGCUUAAUCAAAGAAUUAAAGUUUCCAAGGAAUCUGUGUCUAUUUUUAUGUACCUUGUAAUGGUUUAAAAUGUUUAGGGCCCGUAUACUGUGAUUCUCUUCUAAAUUCAUUUAUAUUUUUUUAAAGAUUAGAAAUAAAACUAUAUGAUUUUUCAUCUGAAAGGGGUUUUCCUUUUUCUGCCAUACUAUUAAAAAAUCCAGCUUGACUUUGUACCGUUGCUGUAAACUACAAUCUAUUAAUUUUAGUUUACUUUUUGUCACUUUAUGAAAUGUAAAAUGUUUGCACUCCCUUUAAGUUGGGCAGAGAAAAUAUUUCUUACAUUGAUUUUGACAAAUGUACCUUUACAGCUCCUUUUUUAUGUACAGUUUUUCAGUUACAAUAAAGAAAUAUUAAAACUUUUAAA